AUGGCCACCGCAAUUACCCCUGACUUCAAUAAAGUCCUGUACAAGCCUCUGACAGAGAUCGAUCCAGAGGUGAAGAACAUAAUCGAUAAGGAGACAUGGAGGCAGUUUACGGGGCUUGAGCUGAUUGCUUCGGAGAACUUGACCAGUCAGGCCACCAUGGAGGCGAACGGCUCUAUCCUGACCAACAAGUACUCCGAAGGUCUUCCAAAUGCUCGGUACUACGGUGGUAACGAGUACAUUGAUGAGCUGGAAAUUCUGUGUCGCAAGCGUGCUCUCGAGGCGUUCCACCUUGACCCUGCGAAGUGGGGCGUUAACGUCCAGCCUUACUCUGGUAGUACGGCCAACUUCGCUGCUCUGACUGCCCUUAUCCAACCCAAUGACCGCCUCAUGGGUCUCGGUCUUCCGGACGGUGGACACCUUACCCAUGGAUAUUAUACCGCGAAGAAGAAAAUGACCGCGUCUUCGAUCUACUUCCAGUCCUUCCCCUACGCUAUCACCCCCGAUACCAACCUGAUUGACUACGCUGGCCUGUCUUCGCAGGCUAAGAUUUUCAAGCCUCGUCUUAUCAUCUGCGGCGCUUCCGCCUACCCCCGUGACUGGGAAUACGCUGAGCUGAAGAAGAUUGCUGAGCGCGAGGGUGCCUGGCUCAUGGCUGACAUUGCGCACACCAGCGGUCUCAUUGCUGCGCAGGAGCUGAACAACCCCUUCGAGUACUGCGACGUUGUCACCACCACCACUCACAAGACCCUCCGCGGCCCGCGCGCUGGUCUCAUUUUCUUCAGGAAAGACCUUGCGAACUCGCCCGAUCUCGAGAAACGCGUAAAUGAUGCCGUCUUCCCUGCUUGCCAGGGUGGUCCUCACAACAACACCAUUGCUGCCAUCGCCACCGCCCUCAAGCAAGUCGCUCAGCCAGAGUUCAAGGCAUAUGCGAAGCAAGUCAUCGCCAACGCCCGUACUCUCGCAGAGGCUCUCGUCAGCCAUGGAUACAAGCUCCAAACCAACGGCACCGACAACCACCUCGUCCUCUGGGACCUCCGUCCUAUCGGUCUAACCGGCAGUAAGGUCGAGAAGGUCUGUGAUCUCAUGGGUAUUACCAUCAACAAGAACGCAGUGUCUGGCGACGCCUCUGCCCAAGUUCCCGGUGGUAUCCGCCUCGGCACCUCCGCCCUGACGUCGCGGGACAUGAAGGAGGAGGAUAUCAAGGUUGUCGCUGACUUUCUGCACCGCGCCGUCCAGCUCUCGCUGCUGCUCCAGAAAGAGGCCGGUUCGAAGCUCCUGAAGGACUUUGUCCGCGUCGCCACGACUCCCGCGGAGGGCAAGGAGGGACACCUGCUCGUCAAGCAGCUCCGUGACGAGGUUCGCGCUUUCGCAUCGAAGUGGCCGCUCCCUGGUGUCGAUGUGUCUACCCUGCAGAAGCCUGAGGGCUUCCACGAGUAA